AAUGUGUUACCUGAUUUGCUUAGCUUGUUAGUGUGUCAUGUUGGCAUUUUCACUAUAUCAUAGCUAGUGUGUAAUUUACUAAGUGACCUCUUAUGUGAUUGUUUGUUAUGAAUGACCAAUUAGAUUUGGUUUAGUUUCAUUUUAAUAUUAGAGAAAUUGCUUCCACCAACCAUCAUGCAAGAGAUGAUGGAUAAAGAUUGGGUGUGGCUCCACGGGUAAGAAUAUCAUCUUAGUUUAUUACUCCUCUAGUACUAAAAAGUGUAGCUGUAUAACUAGAUAUAGAAUGUACUUGUUCUUGCUAUUCUGAAAAUCAUAGAUCCACUCUCGAGUACCAGCAAAAAGCAUUAAAGUUUGUGCAUACGGCUGAAAGGAAUCUGGGAUAUCCUGCAAGGAUGUUCUGCCCUUGCAAAGAUUGUCGUAAUAUGAGCCGUCAAGAUGGGAGUACUAUAUUUGAACACUUGGUUACUAAGGGGAUGGACCUUUCAUACCGAAUGAAGCCAUGUUGGACUAAGCAUGGGGAAAAAAAAGAAACUAAUGAGAAGCUUGAUUCUGAAACUGCUAGUGACGAGACUUAUAAUUUAUUCCAAGCUGCCUACUUUAUGGAUGAAGAACUUUCCCGGGCAAUACCUAUUGAUGAACCUACAAGUCGUAAUAGUGAUGAUGAAUUCAUGAAGAAGCUCGAAGAAGCACAAACUCCUUUGUAUCCAGGAUGCAAAACAUACACAAAGUUGUUAGCUAUUGUAGAUCUGUAUGGUCUUAAGGGUCGGAGUGGAAUUUCAAGUAAAUUUUUUAAUGAGCUAUUAAGUAUAAUUCAGCGCAUGUUGCCAAAGGAAAAUGUUUUACCAGAUUCAGUUACAUCAAUCAAGCGCUUCUUCAAGAGAUUUAACAUGGGGUAUGAAAAGAUUCAUGCUUGUGUGAAUGAUUGUUGUCUCUUUAGAAAGGAGUAUGCAGAUUUGGAUAAUUGUCCGAAAUGUGGCGCAUCACGGUGGAAGAUAAAUAAGCGUACAAACCAAAUACGAAAAGGUGUUCCAGUUAAAGUUUUGAGAUACUUUCCUGUUAUUCCCAGAUUCAAAAGGAUGUUUAGGUCCUUUCAAAUGGCUCAAGAUUUAAGAUGGCACUUUACUAAUAAAAGCACUGAUGGGAAGAUGCGUCAUCCUAUUGAUUCUUUGGCUUGGGAUGUAGUUAACAGUAAAUGGCCCUCAUUUGCAGUUGAUUCACGCAAUCUCAGACUUGGACUUUCUACAGAUGGUUUCAAUCCAUUCUCUAUCUUAAGUUCUAAAUAUAGUUGUUGGCCAGUAAUGCUUGUAAAUUACAAUCUGUCUCCUACAAUGUGCAUGAAAAAAGAGAAUAUUAUGUUGACCUUAUUGAUUCCUGGUCCAAAGCAACCAGGAAACGAUAUAGAUAUCUAUUUGCAACCACUAGUUGAUGAUUUGCAAUUGUUGUGGCAGAACGGUAUUGAGGCUUAUGAUGCAUUUACCAACUCAACUUUUAACUUGAAAGCAAUGUUGAUGUGGACCAUAAAUGAUUUUCCAGCAUAUGGGAAUCUUGCUGGUUGUUCUACAAAAGGUAAAAAAGCAUGCCCUAUAUGUGGGAAAAAUACACAUAACAGAUGGUUACGCUUUAGCAAGAAAUUUGCAUACAUGGGUCACAGAAAGUUCCUAAAGCCGUCACAUCCAUACCGGAAAAAGAAAGCAUGGUUUGAUAAUAGUGUGGAAAAUGGUAGCAAGCCCCGAGUACUUACUGGUCACAAUAUUUCAGAGGUAUUAAAAGAUUUUCCCAAUAGCUUUGGAAAAGGUGGAGAAAAAAAAAAGAAAGAGAAAGAGUAAUGAAUUUGAUGGUGAUGAUGUGUUUGAAGAUGAGACAAGUAACAUCGAUAAUCAGAAUGAGCUUAGUAGGUGGAAGAAAAGAUCAAUCUUCUUCUCCUUGCCAUAUUGGGAGGAACUUCUGCUACGUCAUAACUUAGAUGUAAUGCAUAUAGAGAAAAACAUUUGUGAGAGCCUUAUAAGCACUCUAUUGCACAAUGCAAAAUCCAAAGAUGGCAUUAAUGCUCGUAAGGACUUGGAAGAUAUUGGGAUUAGAAAUGAUUUACAUCCAGAACAGCGUGGGACCAGAAUGUACCUCCCACCAGCACCACAUACAUUUUCAAAGUCUGAAAAGAAGAAAUUUUGCAAGAGGAUAUAUGAUUUCAAAAGUCCUGAUGGUUACUGCUCAAACAUUGGGAAUUGCAUAGCACUGGAAGAGUGUAAAAUUAUGGGUCUUAAAUCACAUGAUUACCAUGUUCUAAUGCAGCAGUUAUUGGCGGUUGCUAUAAGAGGGUUGUUACCAAAAGGAUGUCAGAAAGCGAUAAUUCGCUUAUCAAGAUUCUUCAAUACAUUAUGUCAACGUGCAAUUGAUAGUGAAAAGCUAUUGAGCCUUGAAUAUGAGAUCAGUGAAAUUUUAUGUCAACUUGAACGCUUUUUCCCACCAUCAUUUUUUGAUAUAAUGAUACAUUUACCAAUUCAUCUGGCAAGAGAGGCACGCUUGUGUGGUCCUGUCCAUUUUCGUUGGAUGUAUCCUUUUGAGAGGUACAUGAAGGCACUGAAAAAAUGUGUGAGGAAUACUGCAAGACCUGAGGGGUGUAUUGCAGAGUCUUAUUUGGCCGAAGAGUGCAUUGCCUUUUGUCGUGAGUUUCUGGAAAAAUCUUUACAUGUCGAGGAAAAUGAAGUUCGUAAUGUAGAAUUUGAAAAUGAUACCAUUCUUGAAGGACGUCCUAUAUCCAAAACCACUGCAAUCAUGCUUACUGACAAAGAGAAAAAUAUUGCACAUCGUUCAGUGAUACUAAACACAUCAAUAAUGGAUCCAUUUGUUCAAAUGCACUUAGAGGAGCUGCAAUCAAAACACAAACAACUUGAGAAAAAUCAGACCAUAUUGUGGAAGCAACAUAAUGAAAAAAUUACAGAAUGGAUAAAAGCUAAGGUGAUAUUGAAACUAAUCAUAUUGGUUAUAUUCUUCUACUUUUUUGUUUUUUAUAUCUAUUUAACUAUUAAAUAAUAUCUUUCAGAUUCCUAUCACCUCAACUAAUCACUCAAAGACAUUAAGAUGGUUGGCAUAUGGUCCUAAGAAGAGUGCAUUGUCAUGCAAGGGAUACAUUAUCAAUGGGAUGCGC